UCUUCCCACAUCACUCCAAAGCUGCUUGUCAGACAAGGUGCACAUAAUAUCCGACGGCAAAAGAAGAAGAAAAAAUCUGACUGUGUCUCCUGCAGCUUUGUGUGUGCUUGUGUGUUUUGCCUCCUUGUGGUUUUUCCUGCACAUGAGGAGCAUCUAACAGUCAUUGGCUCUGAGGAGCUGCUGACGGGGGGAGCGCACUGUCUUCUCCAGGAGCGCGUCCAGCCUCCUCUCUCACACUCUCUCUGCACCUCCGUCCGGUGGGAUGAGACCACGCUGUGGGACUGAGAUGCGGUGAACUUUGUCUUUUUUUCUUUUUCUUUUAACCUCCUCAUAUUAAUUUUGUUGUUUAUUUUGGCUGCGGAGAGCGCGUUUGGCCGGCCAGGAGCGCGCAGUGUGGCACACGCUGGAACAAAAACAGGCUCAGUGCAGCGCAGGCAGGUUUCCCUUUUAAAAGCGGCGGCAGGAGAGUUACGGAGUCCGCUCGGGGGGGAAAGCGGUGCAUGAGAAGAGACUGAAAAGAACCGGGAUACUGAGGGAGAAGAGUCAGCAGCGGAACUUGGAUAUGGCGGCUGUGAAGACGUUCGACCUUCUCGUUGGAGUUGUUUUAGUUUUGCAGUGCGUGGGGAAUGUGCGAGGCGAGAUCUCAGCCGGUAACGGGGUUUCUUACUCAUACGUACAGGGGCAGGCGGGAGACGAGGAUGUAGCGGUGGACGUGAAGCUGUACAGCCACAGAUGGAGGAGAUGGCUUCCCCCGAAACCCCGUAACAUGGACAGUAACAGGGCCAGCCAGGAGCAGGACCAGGAUCCUGAACCAGAGGAGCCCGAAGGCUUCCCAGGCCUACUGUCUGCAGAGGAAACAGACAACAGCUCCCAGAUAGAGGAGGACACAGAUCACAACUACUACACAUCAAAAACUUACAGCCCAUCAGAUCCGAUGAGCAAAGACUUGUGGGUAAAUAUUGACCAGAUGGACAAGGACAAAGUGAAGAUCCACGGGAUUCUGUCCAACACACACAGACAGGCGGCGAGAGUUAAUCUGUCCUUCGAUUUCCCUUUUUAUGGACAUUUCCUGCGUGAAAUCACCGUGGCGACUGGCGGGUUCAUCUAUACUGGAGACGUGGUCCACCGGAUGCUAACAGCUACACAGUACAUCGCUCCUCUCAUGGCCAACUUUGACCCAAGUGUCUCCAGAAACUCUACUGUCAUCUACUUUGACAACGGUACUGCUCUGGUGGUGCAGUGGGACCACGUCCACCUGCAGGACAACUACAACUUGGGAAGCUUCACCUUCCAGGCCACAUUGCAUAACACUGGCAGGAUUGUCUUUGCAUACAAAGAGAUCCCCAUUGAGGUGUCACAGAUCAGCUCUGUCAAUCACCCGGUGAAGGUGGGCCUGUCUGAUGCCUUUGUGGUGGUCCACAAGAUCCAGCAGAUACCCAAUGUGAGGCGGAGGACGAUCUACGAGUACCACCGCGUGGAGCUGACGAAGACGAAGAUCACCAAUUCUACAGCUGUGGAAAUGAUGCCUUUGCCAACCUGUCUCCAGUUCACCAGCUGUAGCGCCUGCAUCUCCUCACAGAUCAACUUCAACUGUAGCUGGUGCCAUCGGCUCAACAGAUGUUCCAGUGGCUUUGACCGCCAUCGCCAGGACUGGGUGGACAACAGCUGCCCAGAUGAGACUAAGGACAAGAUGUGUGACAUCGUCGACACCACCUACCUGUACCCCUUCACCACCACGAUUGUUGCCAAGACGACAUCCAAAAGCAAAGAGCCCACUGCCGGCAAGGAGACGCCCUCCACCUCCCACCCUCCCACCAGCGUCCCCACCGAAGAUGAUACCAAGAUCGCCCUGCAUCUCAGAGACAACCAGGUGAUGCCAGCUGACAGCGCUGUAGACAGAGUACCAGGCACACAUCCUCUCCACACCGGCCUGAUCCUGGGCAUCCUGCUGGUGAUGCUCAUCAUGAUUGCCGGCGUGCUGAUCACCGUCUACAUCUACCAUCACCCGACCUCUGCAGCCAGCCUCUUCCUCAUCGAGAGACGUCCGAGCAGGUGGCCAGCCAUGAAGUUCCGCCGAGGGUCGGGACACCCAGCCUACGCGGAGGUGGAGCCGGUGGGCCAGGAGAAGGAGGGCUUCAUCGAGUCGGAGCAGUGCUGAGGGAGGAGGGGGCGUCCACAUCCCCGCUGCCUCCCCUCCUGUGCCAGCCCUCCUCCCUCCUGCUCCACAGGGACUUCUUCUCACCGGGAUCCUCCAGGAUCUGCUUCUCGCAGGAGGAGCUCAGUGUACACAAUGACUCGUUAAGACUGCGGAAUCGGCCCAUUGAGCGCUAGAUGAGACUGGAUACAGCAGCUAGUGGCGUGAGGAAAGUGAGAAAACCCUGAAAACUGAACCCAUUGGUCGGCUCCCGUUGGCCAGGAGCUGACCUGCCGGGGACAGAGGGAGGGAACAGCGUUGACGUCAUCGACUCGGUCUGGUUAGGAGUUUGCUCGACUGCUAUCACGUUGCCAUCGAGGGAUUGUACAGCCUGACUGCCUAGACUGGGUGUGUCUGAGGGGGGAGCAGGGUGAAUUAUACAAUAUAUAUUUUCAGAAUCAAUACAGAUUAUGUGAACAGAGAUUUCCACUUUAUGGUCGGUGGGGUUAUACAGUAUAGGCCUUUGUAUAUCCAUCAGGUUUUCGAUUCUUUUCCUCUUUCUUUCAGUAUGUUGUUUUUCACGAUCUGUAUAGACCGUGGGUAUUGCUUUUCAAUACCAUAGCAGGCUUAAUUGACUUUUCCACAGCCGGCUCUAGCUGUGCGGUAUGACAUGAGCUGAACUGUCGCUGCGAGCGAUCGCUGCUGGGAGUGAAGCUCAGAACUUUCAGAGUCGCUGUUGAGUUACUUUGUGAUGUUUGGCUGGUUUCGUUUUCUGAAAAUGAAAAAGUAAGAUUAUGUUUGUUUGCUGAGGAAAUCUCAGUGUCUUUUUUAAAAUUUUUUUGAACGGGUGAUGGGCACACUCUAUCCUUCUCUUUAUGAUCUGUUUUAUUUCUAUUUUUGCAUUGGUUUCAUGACUGCCGUGCCAUUUUGUCCCUGACUAGAGUUUGCACAAUUUUCUCCAUGCACAUUAUUUUUUCAUUUGACAUGUGGUACUAAUGCAAAAUUACAAGACAGGCGCUUGUGAGUGUGAAUAUAUUUUCUGAAGUGUAAGUGAUUCAUGUGUGUAUGCAUACAGAAGAGCAGUUUACAGUAGUGACUGGAUAUCCACCUGCUUUAUGGGUGCAUAUGUUUGAGCUGGCUCUGCACGGUUGAUUCUUCUUGAUUUUACUCUUAGGUAUCGGACACAGGUUGUGUUAGCCAGAAAACACACUGUUCUGAUUGGAGUUUUUGUUGAUUUUACAGUGUGGUUUCUUUUUCCAGUUGUGUUGCCGAGCAUUACCAGUUCUGUGUCCACAUUUAACAGUCAUGAUUGGCUCGUCCUAGUCAAGGUAAUAAUGUACAUACCGAGGCCAAAACAUUUGCAGAUUCAGGUAACUCAUGGCAAACAUUUGUAGUAUAGCAGUGAUGGUACUGAAAAAAAAAAAGUUUUUUAUUUUUUAUGAGUGGCCUUUUUUUCUCUACUUUUUUACUUAAAUGUGAAUACUGUUCCAGUCGUCGCUGUCACAGAUCAGUACAGAAUUCAAACGCUCAAUUCUACUGUUAAUUAUUUCAAGGCAAAAAUCCUGUUUUACACCAAUGAUUGUAGACUCAUUUUGGAGAAGAAAGAUCAACAUCCUGGAACUCUACUGAAAGAUUUAAAACGUGCAAUAUUACAUCCAUUAAGUUCUACGCUGAGAAAAAAAUCUAGCCUAAAAGUCAUCUGGAUCAUUUGUAUUCACACCUCGUCACCAUCACAUUGAGACCAAAGACUAAUCAGCAUCUGAGUGAGAUUUUUUUUUUAUAUAUAUUUACCUCAACCUCCCCCACAGCCUCCACACCUCAGUACUCAGCAGCCUUUAACCAGUAGUGGUAGCUCUAGUGGUUUACUGGCUAUAGCAGCCAUUUUAAAUGUCAUAUAAAACUGUAUAUUUGUCACAAAUUAUUUUACGAUACACUUUUGAUAGCAGUCAGCCAUUGGCUAAACCCCUUCUCUAAACUGCAACUGUCCAAUCAUAGUUUGGUAACUGUAACUAGGCAUAAAAAGAGCACUAGUCUUUGAAAUUUGGGCACAUUGUAGUAUUUUCCUCAAUAAACAGAACUGCAAGAGCUAAAACAUGAGGAAUACUGUAUACUAAACACUGUGAGUGACUGUGGUAAUGAAAGCUGAGACUGUUAGCAUGCCUGGCUAACUUACUACGGUAAUUACAACAGUAACAGAGCAAGGCAUGCAAUUACCAAACAAUUAAACGUUGUAUUAGCUUAUUUUCUUGCAGAUUGGUUUAAAAAAAAGGUUCACUUCAAACAUUGGCAUUGCAUGGCAGCAGGUGUUGUGCCAAAAUUACCGUCUGAGGAAGUGAGUGCAGCUUGCGUUUCUUUUUAGCUGCUUUAAUUAAAGCCAAACACUUGCAAAUACACAGAACUUUAUGUCCAUAGCAAUAGCAUUAGAUCUUCAUGAAACUUUUUGUAAUUAUAUAAUUGUGACUCAAAGAAAUGUUUGCUCUGUUUAUAGUGUCUUCAGGCCUGACACUCACAUGAUUACUGCUGAAAUUAUUGCGUUGUUUCCAUUGUUUUAUAAUUUACGAAUAAAUUUUAGACAUAAAACACAGAAAUUAUGUGUUGCAUAAUUAUCCUAUGGACUAUAAUCUUUAUAACCCUUAAGGAUGAAAUCAAGUCAGUUUUAGACAUUAGUGACAUUUCAGUCUCAAUGUAGGAGCUGCAGUCACUUUUUGGCAAGUGGGAAACUACAUAUCUGAGCUGAAUUUGCCCUUCAAAGCUAUUUCAACUGGUAAAAAGGGCAGGACUGAUUAUAAUCCAGGCCAAAUUGCAAAAGAGAUCAUUUCAAUGAAAAGAAACAUGGCUAUAUUAGCAAAACCAGAUACAUCUAGGCUAAACAUUGGUAACAAUACUGAAGUACUGCAUGUGAUGUAAAUGUCAUGUCUGUUUACUCUGUAAACUGCAAGUAUUUCUUUGUUCACAGUUAUUCAGUUACAAUAAAGUUUCACAAAGACAUACCUUUGCUAUAAGACAAAAUGUUGCUUAUUUAUGUGUAUUAAAUACAGAAAAACAAGCUGUAGAUAUAGAGGUUUCUGUAUUUCUGAAAGGUAAUUAAGCUGUUAAAACAUAAAUAGAAGCACUGUACUACAAAAGAGUGAACAUUUGGAUAACAGAAAAUAAUAAUUUGCUUAAUAGUAAAUAUUUUUCACUUUUUUCCCCAAGUUGCACCUUGUUUCCUGGAUGAAAACAAAGAUGGCGGCUGUAACGUUAAAACUAUUUUUAUCUAGAGGGUUCUUAGCAACUUUGAGGACUUUCUAAACAGCCAUGAGGGUGGUAAGUGUUUUUAAAGGUCCUUUCACUUUUCAGUCAGUUAUUAAUUGUAGAAGAAUCUCAUUUUUACCUCUGACACUAAAAUACUAUUUUGCUAAUAUACUCUAUGCUAUGAUAUGCUAAUUUACCUGAUAGGUAGCAAGUUUCCCAAACCAAUAGAGCAUAUUUAAAACAGCAGUUCUGACAUGUCAUUGUAGGAAAUGCACAGGUGUCACUGAAAACAUUAAAAAUGACUAUUAAACUAUUUUGAGGCUACUCCAACAUAAUAUUAUAUCCUACAUACUGGCUAUAGGUAAUGGCUGACUUGACAGAAGUGUUUCACUUGUGCUUUCCUGCUCCAACAGGUAAAAAUGUCCAUUUGUCAUAAUAACUGACUCUGACAAACAGCUUUAACCUCAAUUUUUUUUUAGCAUAACAAGUAUGUAGCUGUUAUAUACGCGUACUUAAGUUCCAUUUUAUGUGCUUGUGGUUUUAAAUUAGCCCACUGGAGACAACGUUUCCAACCAGUUCGUUUAGCUAACGCUAGCUUAGUUAGCUUGGCAGAGCUAAUAAAUUCGGCAAAGGACAAUUGCUCUUUGAACAGGCAAAAUCGGUCGUCACUGGGAGAAACUUGGUUUUUCUGUCCGUCUGAAAUCAACAAGGAAUAUGUUUUACAAAGCCACUGAAAUUGUGUGUGGUAAAUUUGUAAACUUAGUGAAAAGACGGUAAAUUUGCCAUUUUGGUAUUUUGUAACCUGCUAAUGUAAGCUAGCAGCAACCGUAACCAAGGGAACGAGGUUUAGCUAAUGGCUGCAAUUUUUUAUUCAUAACUUUUCAUCCGCUUAGCGUAACACUGCACACCCAAAGAUACACCAACAAGUCGUGUAUAAACACCAAAUUUAAGGACUCACUGGCUGUUUUAAUCCUCCAUACACACACACCGUCAUUCACAACUACGCUGGUAUGGUCUCAUUGUGUCGACCACUCAGAACUCCUGCUUUUCAAAGCCUCUCUGAAAGGUCUUUUGCACAACAGUGUUCAAAAUGAGAGCAGACGGUUUAGUUUAAGAGAUCAAUGACUUCUCCAUGCCUACAGAUAUAUUUUUUAGUAUUCCUGGACUGAUCCCUGUGGAGAAGUGCUCUUUGCAAGUUCUUGGAACAUCUGCUUGUUGUCCACUGCCACCUGAAACUGCAAGUGUUUUUAUAACCACUGUCACAAUGCAGUCAGACAAAGUGGAAUCUGAUCGUAGAAACAGGAGGUUGUGUAGAAGCAGAGUCUUCACUGGCUUCACUGGACUUGACUAAUGGCUUUAACUCCCACUUUUAUUAACAUGUUCUUUUAGAUGAUGAGAAGCAGCAUAGUGGUGUUGUUGAGCUAGGUAACUGCUGUGUGCUGUUCUUUAUUCUCUCAUGAGCUGGGCUUAACGGUGUUUAGUCACAGAUCCAGCAUCAGUUGCAGGACGUCAAUAUAAAGAAACAAGAAUUGGAGUUUUCUUCCAGCUGUGACCUUGUUUUAUCUUAUCACGACACGUCGUAGCACACAAUAAGACUCAAAAUCACACGGUAUCAUAGCUGUCUGUAAUUUCUGUAACUACUGUUGUUUUGAUUACAUUUGAAAUAAUAAACAAUGUUGUUAAAAACA